AUGAGGAAGUGGCAAAUUCUGGAGUUCGAUGGAAAACCAUAUUACGCUUUUGUACCUGAAAAUGAGGAGCCUAUUGAUACGACUAGUAUUCCUAAUAUUGAAGAAGAAGAAGAAGAAGAAGAAGAGCAGGACGAAGUAAUUGAAGAAGUGUUAGAGGUAGAGGAGGAAGAUGUCGGGGAAAGAGAAGAAGACAGUUUUCACUCUCAAUUGGAAAAAAUUGUCGCAUGCAAAGUAGAACGAACUUCAAAUACAGAGCCAGAGGAUGAAUCAAUGGGUAAUGAUGCUAGUUUUUAUGAUUAUCAGUACGAUGAUAGUUGUGAAAUGAAUGAAGAACACACAGAGGCUACUGAAAUAAAGCCGAUUUUAAUAAAUGGUGUCACAAGUGAAUCUAAAGACUCUCGAGGUGAUUUGUAUCAAGUUAAAGUUGAAGGAAGUUUAGUAACUAUAGAGAAACUUGCUGAAAAUGUCGUGAAUGUAAAGACAGAUGACAACGGCGAUGCGAUUUCUGAAGAUGAAGAAGAGGAAGAAGUUUUAGUUAAUAAUCCUAUUGGAGAAGAUGAACAAGCUCAAGAAGUGCCACAAUUUAUUGAAGCAGAUAGUAUGGAUUCACAAGCAAUAGAAUACAUCACUGAAAAUGAGGAGGAUGUUGAUGAUGUUGAAACAAUAGAAGAAAUAGUACCUGACCCUGAACCUAUCUCUCCACCAAAAACCCAAAGAUCAACUAAAUACCGAAGUAUUCUUCCGAAAACAACUGCAGCUCUAAAGUGUAGAGUUUGUUCAGAAAUUUUCAGUACUAAAAUUGCUUUCCGGAAGCACGUAGCUUGGACACAUAAGAAAAAAGUCUGUAUCCAAGAAGACGGUGUUUAUAUAUGUGCGGUGUGUGAUUAUAGAACCUUGAAAAAGAGUCUUUUUGCAGCACAUUUGGAAAGGAAGCAUGAAACUUGGCCAAGAAAAGGUCAAAAUAAUCUUGUAUUCCCUUGUGCUGUUUGUGGUUUUGUUUGUCGAUCAAAACACUCACUGCAAUCACAUUUCAUCAGAAAGCAUACAGACAAUUACGAACACCAGUGUAAAUUUUGUCCAAAAAAAUUCAAAGUCAAAGGAGACUUAACUAAUCAUGUAAGAUUUCAUCAUAAAGAGAAACCUAUUAAUUGUGAUGUUUGUGGUAAACUUUGUCAAAAUUCAGGAUCUCUUUAUGUCCAUCAAAAGUGGGCACAUUAUAAACCAAAGUUUGAAUGCACUAUUUGCAAACGUCGAAUGGUCACUCAGGAAAAUCUUGAUCAACAUAUGGUGACACAGCACGAGAAGCGAGAAAAAAUAGUCUGCGCGGAAUGUGGAAAAACAUUCACAAAGAAAGAUUCAUUUAAACGUCACAUGGCUGUUCACACAGGAAGUAAGCCACAUCAUUGUCCCAUUUGCAAUAAACCUUUUGCCAGACAAUCACAGCUUCGACAACACGUCCUUAUCCAUACGGGAAAAAGGCCAUUUGUAUGUGACAUAUGUGGUAAAGCAUUUACACAAAAACCUGGUCUAAUUUGUCACAGAAAAACUCAUCCAGGACCUCAUCCUCCUCUACCUGUCAUGCCUAUAGCUGAUCUUGUUAAAGAAUUUACUGCAGAGUAUCUUCAAGAGAAUGGACAAAUAAAUGAGGAAAUAGACAUGAAAAGUGAAUAA